AUGUGUCAUCAAUCAAAUUAUCAUGAAAAUCAAUCUAUUAAAAUGAAUCCUAUUAAUAAUCAACCUUCAUCAUCAAAACAAAAAAGUUUUCAACACAAAUUCAUUCGUCAAGUUGUAAUCACUACUAGUGAUAGUUUAAUUCGAGUUAACAGAAAUUAUCAUAAUUCAUUAUCAACAAAAACAAAACGUGAUAGAAUAACAAUAAAUGUUAGUGGAAAGCGCUAUCAAACAUAUGUAUCUACUCUUGAAAAUUAUCCAAAUACAUUAUUGGGUAAUAAACAAAAACGAAUGUAUUAUUGGAAUGAACAAGAAAAUGAAUUAUUUUUUGAUCGUCAUCGAACUUGUUUUGAAGCAAUACUUUAUUAUUAUCAAUCAAAUGGACGUCUUCGUCGACCAGAUUAUGUUUCAUUAGAUACAUUUUUAGAAGAAAUUUCAUUUUUUGAUUUAGGUCCACAAGCUAUUUCACAAAUACAUCAAUUAGAAAAUGUUUCAAUUAUUAAACAUAUUGAUUUACCAAAUUGGUCUUGGCGUCGUUAUAUUUGGUUUUAUUUAGAAUAUCCUCAACAUUCAAUAUGUGCUCGAAUUCUUCAUUUUAUUUCAAUGUCAAUAACUUUGGUAUUUGGUAUGACAUUAGCUAUUGAAACAUUACCAAAAUAUAAUAAACAAUGUUAUAAUUUAUGUGAAAAAGAAGAAAAUAUAACAUUAUCAACAAAUGAUAUACCAAUAUGUUCAGCAAGAUUUUCUUCACCAUUUUUUAUAAUUCAAACAAUAUGUGUAUCUUAUUUAACGAUCGAAUUUAUUUUACNAAAAAAGCAGUUUUAG